AUGCGAUAUGCUACACACCGCCCCGCGGGCAUGCGGAGCCGCGUGACGCCGCUCUCAGCGGUAGCCCUUGUUUUGCUAAUUGUACUCGGUGCUUGCUCCGGCGAGCUGACGGUUGCGAGCUCCACCGUUGCGACGGCGCUUACUUCACACGUGUUGAAUAUUACCCUAAGCGAAGCUGACGGGGGACCCAAAUGGCCAGCGACCACUGCCGCACUGGCCGUACUCACACCCACAGUGAACAACACGGUGUGUAGUAGUUUUACAGUCGGUGUCAGCCACUGUUACGCGUUUCUCGUACGGGUCUCGAGCACCACGCUCGCCCUCCAGCUGAGCGUCGUUACUUUGACCGCUUUUGCAGGCAACUUCACGUACUAUCAACUCUCGCAGUGGGCAGACAGCAACAGCAUGGCCAUCUCGACGGUCCUGACACGUCUGACGUCGGCCUGCGCCACAGUUCUCGGCACCCCGCUCACCAGUCUUGACGUCUUUGCUGGCGUCUAUACUGUGCCGUGCCGCAGCUCGAAUACGUAUUUCUACCUUCCCGCCUGCGCUGCCGCAGAGGUCCCUGUGACGACAGUCUACAUUCUCUCACCGUCAUCUGACGUAAAGGCGUACUUCUCUGCGUAUCUAUGCGGCCCCAUUCCCAAGAUGGUGUGCACCAUGAGCAUAGAUGUUCAUGCGCCGUCAAUAACGUCACAAUACACCGUCGUGGAAGUGACAGGCUUACCAAAUGCGUUGGAGGCGGUUCUGGCCUACGUCGCCGAUGUGCGCGCUGCUUUUUUAGGCUCGCCGCAGAGAGUGGGUCCGCCCGUGGGCAAUCCCGCGUUGAGGAUAACCGCCGAGGCUGUGGAGCUGCGAAAUCGCGGCAUGCAUGCGGUGCUCUUCUCCACGAGCGAGAGCAACCGAAGCCACACCAUCACCCGUGUGAAGCUCGAGUGUCCCGCUAGCUUUAACUACUGGGCUUUGGUCCUCAUUGCGAUACUUCCUGUCUGCGCCAUUCUGUUCCGCUAUAUGUGGUACCGAGGACGGCAAUGGGCCAAGAAGCAAGAGCGCCGCCGCAUCAUGGAUGAUGAGAUGCACAACAUGCAGAGGUACAUGACCUCGGGCGAUGCGCAGGGCGCAGAGAACGGCCCGCCGCCUGGUUUCGACACAUCUGCCGCCGGUAUCAGCAGCACGACACUGGAGUGGGCUAUGAAUGCGAACGGUAGUUACUACGAUGCCAACAUCGCUGCACAGGCCGAGGCGGGAACGCCUCAGACCUACGUCGACCCGAACACUGCUGAGACGUACCAGUACGUGGACGAUGGCGCAUACAGUGCAGGCGGGGCUGUGGCUACGGCGGCGGCAGCGGCACCACAAGCGUCGCAGCAGCCUAGCAGUACCACGGGCGACAACGCGAUCUACGAGACCUACGCUGACCCCAAGAGGGGGGAGAUGUAUCAGUACACAACCGAUGCCACUACAGCAGAUCAGGAACAGGGGCAGACAUCCGAAGUCCACGCUGCAGAGGAUGCUGAAGACGCCGCACCCGAUGACGGCUACCAAACCAAUCUAGACCCGUACACCGUGGAAGCAUACCAAUACACAACGGCGGACGCUGAUGCUGAUGCAAGUGGGUACCAGUACGGAGGUCCGGAGACGGGAGAGACUUAUGAGUACGUCGACCAGACAACCGGUGAAAUCUACCAAUAUGCCACGCAGGCGGGAGAGAACAAUGAUGAGGCAGCGGAGCAGGAGUACGACGCUGCCGGUACCGUCAACGUCUAUGUUGACCCCAACACGGGCGAAGCAUACCAGUACGAGACACCGCAGCCGUGA